CACUCAAGCUCUCUUCACAUAGAGCACAUGCCUCCGUUUAUCAUAUAAGGGAAUCAUUAGUUAAAAUGUGAAAAAGUAAUUCUCUCUUUAGAUAAUGGGAUAGAUUUUUUUUUUGUUCACCAGAUAAGUGAGUGAUAUUGUGUCGAAAUUCUUACUAAUCUUGGAAGUCAAUGAAAGAAAAGUCCACAUUUAUUAAUUGAAGAAAUACUAUAGUCAUAUAUAAUAUUUAAAGAUCAAUUUAUUAAUUACUAAUUGCUUCUGACAAUUAAAUUUAACAUGAUAUUAGAAUCACUAUAAGUUGGAUCGUACUCUAGAAUAUCGUUUUUACAAUUGUCUAUGUAUGGUACAUGAGCGUGUAGAGAUGUCAAAGAAAGAAAAUCGUAUAUUGAUAGUAAAAAAUAAAAAUAUAUAAUAUGUAAAUAAUAAAGUCAAUUCAUUCAAUAUUAGUUGGUUUUGAGUUGAAAAUUCAUAAUAGAUUCACAUAUUUAAUAAACAAAAUUUAUAAUUCAUGACAUUUAGAAUGGCUAAGAGAUAUGCACAACGAUUUCGCUCGUAGAUGGUUUAACUCAAUAUCUGCAUCUGAGUCUUGAUAGCCACAUGAUGAAUCUACUCUAUCAACUCCAGCAAAUUACUAGGCCACAUGCUCUUGGUUAAAGGUAAAACAAAAGUAGCUGUUUCGCUGGAUCUAAAAUGUAUGAAUGAUCUCUCUCACGUUUAUCCAUUGCACAUAAAGCACACAUACGUAACUCUUAUAUUAACUAAGUAUACGUGAGUAAUGAAUUGUUAAAACUUAAAACUGGUUACACUUACAACCACGAGGGAUGAAGAAAAAGUUUGUUGAUAAAAGGACGACAAGAUUGAAAGGAAAGAAGAAUGACAGAGUCUAACUCGCAUAAUCACAUAAUAAGCUAUAGAUUUUAAAAGAAUGUAAUUUUUAUUUGUUAUAAACUUGUUCUUUUAGACGACCAAAAGCUGAAGGCAUUUUGUGAAUCACGAGAACCUCACGUGCGGUUCCACUCUCCUUGUUCGAGGAGGACUUCACCAUAAUCAAUGACAACAGCGCGUAAACCACAUCAAACAACACCAAACUCUACUUGGUUAAUUGUGUAUCUAAUUAUAUUAAUUAACUUUACUCUUAGAGGAGUGCUGUAUUAUUAACUGUGAUAUAGCUGUAAGAUGUGAUUUUCUAAUGUUAACGAUUAAUGUAACUUAAAAAAUAGGGUUUGAUUACUUCUUGAAAUCAUACCAACCCGUUGUCGGUUUUUGCUAAAAAGAUUGAUUGAAUCUGAAUUAUAUAAAGAAGAAUCUGUAAUUUAAGACUAUGCCACCUAAUUAACGCCUAACUGCUCCUCAUUAGUUAUAGUUUGGUAAUUAAUAACUUCUCUCACUAAUUUCGGCGCAAUGCAUUUUAGUAUAGUCUCCAUAUCAUAUUGUGUAUAUAAUAAUUUAAAUCUGACUCAAAGCGGAAAAUUAUAGAUAAACAAAAAUCCGAUGCUUUGAAUUUCUUCAUGCAUGUGCCUUCAAGAUUUUGGAAUAUAUUACUUAUUAACUAGAAUUUGUCGAUAUGGAAAUAUCAUCAGGUCACAAAAUUGAUGAGAGAGCUUCCAAUCAAAGAAUUAAAUGUUAGUUUUCAUUAUCACAAUUAUUAGACUAGUGUUAGACUAUUAGUAACGUCCGGGGACCAAGUAGGUGUCGAUUUUGGAUGGCUAGUAUUAGACUAUUAUUUAGUCCCAACAGUUUUGGUUGGUGACAAUAUUUUCUGACAUCGAAUUCGGUUCUGAAAACAACUGAUACAUUGCACUUAGGAUUUUUGUCAGAUUAAACCGAAAUAUGAUAAAGAAAAAUAUAGGCUCACUUUAUUCAUCGGUAUGGUUUUCAUUUGUUACUGAAAUGGUAAUUUAGUAGUAUUCGAUUUUAUAAUUUGGGGGUUUGGGUAAAGUUUUCAUGAAGAUAGAGCAUGUGAUAAGAUAAAAGAUAACACACAUUUAGGGCAAAGAUUCGCUCACGGUGGGGGUCCACGUGGGUAUGGAGGGACACACUGUCCGGUGAGUUAGGGAACAGUGCACAAACCCCCAAUGGACCCACUCGUUGCCUCUUUCGUGGACCGGUCUAGUUCGGUAUGGUUCGGUUUCUGUCCUCGGCCACCUUUUCCCCACUUGUAUAUAUAGAGCACAAUACUCUUCUUCAUUCAUCAGUCAUCACAUUCUUCAUUAUCAUCCACACAGACACCCUAAUUGUUCUCUCUUUCUCUGUCGCAUUUCACUUCCAAAGGAUCAAGCGAAAAUGAAGACGACCAGUUCGAGCGUAGGAGGAACGAAGAGGAAGAUGUGGAGCCGAGGAGUGGGAGGAGUGGUUAGAGAGCAAAAGGCUAAACUUUACAUCAUAAGGAGGUGUGUCGUCAUGCUUCUUUGUUGGCAUGACUGACAAAAGAAGAAGAAAAUCAAAAUCAUUUUCAUAAUCGGCUUAAUUAAGGAAGACUAACCCAAUAUUUAGUUCUUUUGUUUUUUGUUUUUUGUUUUUGUUAUUGCGGAUCUUCCUUAUAUAACUCUUGGGAAGAAGCUUAUAUGUGUUGGCUUUCUAUACGGAGCUAUGCAUGUAUUUUGUAGUUUUUUCAUCCCAAAGAAGGGUUUUUCAGAUGUAAAUUAGUAGCUAAUUUCAUUGUCUUUGUUGCUGUGUUUCUUCUUUCUGGCUGAUUAAGUUUAUUUUCUGAGAUCUGGUUGUUACAUUAUA